AUGGUCCUGCCCGGAUUUCGGAUGGACAUUGAACAACCAAAGGAUUACAUUAGUGGACUGAGACUUUACUUGGACUCCUUGAGAAAGAAAGCUUAUCCAAAGUUGGCCUCUGGAUCUCAUAUUAUUGGAAAUGUCCUAGUGGAUGAGUGCCAAAAUUGGGGCUGUUUGUCUGAGAAUCAGUUUUCGCAUUCAAGAAAUAGAACUGUGAAAACACGUGAGAGACCAAAGCUUCUGAGAUCCAGAACAAACUAUCAGGCAAUUGACUCGGAUAGACUUAGAGCUCAGAAUAUGGAAUCGUGGCCAUUCUUCAAUCAGGUUACGGCCGAUUUAACACCUUUGAAUGCAAGAAAGGUAGCUGUAAAAUUUGAUUAUUUCAAAAUUGGAGGGCUGGUAAGUGAUAUUUCCUUGUUAACUACACCGGACAUGUAG